CGGGGAAAGUUCAGUGGAUCACAAAAAGUCACUGAACUCUAUAAUGCAAAAAGUGAAAAAGUGUUACAAAACCUUUCAAAUUUCUGAUUCUAUAAAUAUUUUACGGUAGACAUUUAUUGCCAUGUUCCGAAGGAAGCUGAAGGCUUUGCAGUACCCUGAAGCGGAUGACUUUGACCAUACUGACCAGGCCCAGCUGCGUUCGGUGGCUCUCUGGCUCGAGGAGCAGAAGAUUCGCCACCUGACGGCCGAGGCGCGCGGCCCGCUGCGGCAGCUCGACUCGGACCAGUGGCCGGCCGCCUACCAGCAGUACCUGCAGCAGCUGGCGGCGCCCGUGUCCGGAGAGGACGCUCCGGGCGCCCUCGACUGGCUGCUCGGGCGCGCCGUCCGACUGAGUUAUGGAGAUAACUUGAAGAAGUACCAGUCUGUUCAGAGCAACGGGACCGCUGAACGGGCGAACGCUCCCAAAGUGCCGUCACAAAACCCGCUAGACAACCUAGAUUUCAACAGCGCCGACUUUGUGUCGGGCGUGGAGCGCCUGGCGUCGAUCCUGGACGUGCCCAGCCACCCGGACCACCUGGUGACUCUGGAGGCGGUCUGCAGCCUGGUCAGUGAGCGGCUCAACAGCCAGGCACUGGCCGACCCCAGCCAGAUCGUCGUCAAGGGCACGGCGUUCCCGCUGGACGAUGCCGACCUCGGGUUCGACACGGGCGACCCGGUGCUGAACCGAGCGGCCAAGGUGCUGCGACUGCUCUACAUCCGAGACCUCCGGCAGCUACAGACGGCCAUCAACGAAAUUUUGGUAGCCGUACAAAACCUGAUCGCCGACCCGCGCACCGACACACGGCUAGGGAAGGUCGGACGCUGACCUGACCUGAUCUCACCUGACCUGACGAGCCAGGGCAGCGCUCCAGGUCAGUCCGCGGGCUGCCGAAGGGCCGACAGAGAAGACCUGGUUGACGGUACCGCCCUCCGGCAGUGUCUCACUGUGAUGCCCUAGCUCUCUGCCUCUGUCUCACUGUGACUCCGCCCGUCAGUAACGCCGGUCACUGGUCACAGAUCUGCCUUGCAGUGUUGACUGGGGGGGGGGGGAGGCAUUGACCUGGUCAUGCAGGAUCAGUCUGGCGCCGUGAGUUAACCUUGAACGGGUCGGUCGGGGUCAGGGCUGGGGGCUCACGGGACGACAGGGGCUUGCUGUGUUAUGAGGAACAAGGUUUUGGCCUGUUUGGGGUAGGCAUGGGACGCAAACCAGCCUGUCGCCUUCCGCGGGCCCAGCCGCAAAGUUUUUCCACUCGUGGAAGUGCAGCACAGGGAGUCUUGCGUGCCAGUUUCCCUUGGGUAUGGCGUAAAACCGCAGGCCGGAGCGAAGCUCAGACAUAGUGGCUGCUCAGGAACUCUGCAGAUGGUUGUGUUGCGCUCUGACGUUAGUUCCGAAUUCGUGCUACAGGUGGCAGCAUUAUCACUACCUCCGCCGCGGCGCUCUCCUUUGUACGGCCCGUGAUAACGCCACAGGGUGUCCCUGCUCAGUCAUCUGGUUGGGAUCUGCUUGUUUUUACAAACUUGUUUGCUUUUGUUAUGCCAAAAAUGUACUAAUAUAAUGCAUAAUGAA